ACCCCAGCCCCCAGCUGCCUCCACCUAGUUAGAAAUUUCCUCUCCUCUUUCUUUCUUUCUUUCUUUCUUUGCAGCGUUCUCCAUAAGCUACAGCUUUUUUGGUCACCCCUCUCUGAUAUUGUUGUUGUUAAUGGCGGACUGGGGCCCAGUGCUCAUCGGAGUGGUACUCUUCAUACUGUUGCAACCUGGGCUUCUGUUUCAGAUACCGGGUAAUAAUCGUACUCUGGAAUUUGGGAGCAUGAAGACUAAUGGAAAGGCUAUUGCUGUUCAUACCCUUAUUUUCUUUACCCUCUAUGCCAUUCUCAUUCUCGCUGUCCAUGUUCACAUCUAUACUGGCUGAUCUUCUCCAAAUCCCCCCUUUUAUGCUAGCUACUACCCUUUUCACUAAUCCAAGUUGUAAGCCCUUUUUAGUUCUGUUUCUUUGUAAUUUUUGUUUUCAAGAGGAAAUAUUAUCAAGAAAGUUUCGGACUUUGAAAUAUUUGUGUCCUAUUUAUUUAAUUUAAUCUGCCUGCUGUUUGUCGUGGUUGCCCAAAUGCUUAUCUAUGUGUCUGAAUUGGGAUCUGAUUUAACUAUUCCGGCCUCUCAAAAUCUUUAGAAAACAAGCAAGGUGUGAUUGAGACAGUAAGCUGCAGUAGAGUUGGGAGUGUAAUCGAUUCUACAAUUUUUUAUUCGUAUAUAGUUGACUGGAGGUUUAAUAAAUUACCAGCUACCCUGUAGUAUAAUCGAUUCGAUAAUUAGUUUAAUUACUAUGUAGUUGACAGCUAGUUUAAUUUAUUGGCAACAGAAAGUGACUAGUGAUCUCAUUUCUGCGUCCAAAAUGUGAUCUUGAAUUCAAUUGAGAAGUGAGGCUUGCUCGAGUUGUACGUUGAGCACCUUCACCAUCAACGGCUAGGUUGAGGGUGAGGGUAAUGAAGAAUGUUAUUGAUCCUCCUAUGAUGGGGUGGGGAAAAAAAUCAAUACGCUCUAGAUUGCUUCAGUGUAAGUUCAUCUGCAGCCUCUAUCCUUACAAGCUUCAGUUUCCGUUAAAUGUGUUAGGGAAAAGAACAUUACAUUUCGAUUGACAAUAAAACAAACAAAGGAUGGAAAGGUACUGUUUAAGUCGCUUAAUCUGUUCUGUUGUAGAACGUAAUACGGAUUCUAGAGUGGCAUCAGGAUCAUAGUGCAAUAUGCUGUACUCACUUUCUUGGACCAAAGAUACAUGCUUGUAAGUUUGAUGGACGAGGGACUAUUUUCAGGAUUUGUUUUAAGUUCCAUUUUACAACUUAUUUAAUUUUUAAUUUCCCUGGUGCAUAAAUUUAAUCUUUGAGAUCUGCAACCCAUUGCUUGCGCUUUGAGAACAGACUGAUUCUGUCUUUUCUUCCAUUUACCACAAUCUUACCUAAAGUAGAUAUGCCGUUGCAUUUUGUCCCUAUAUAUAAUAAAUAGAAAAAGGAAAAAAAGGAGAGGGAUUCUGAAUUAUGAUACAUCAUGCACAAGGAAUAUGAUAAAGUGGUCCAAAAACUUGUUCCUUUCAUUUGAUGAAUUUGAUAAACAUUGACAUUAGAACGCACAACACUUUGUCAUAGUGUUUCAGAAGAUCAAACUGGUUCAAAAGAAAAGAAACACAGAAAAAGGUUGAUAAAACAAGAAUCCCCCUUCAGCAAAAACUUUCCAAGAAGAGUUGAGGAUUUGACUGUAGCAUAAGGGCUGGCGAAGAGAACUUAAAUGUUUGCCGGAAUCAGCCAGACCGUAUGUGAAUACCAAUAGCAACUAUCAAGAUUGUAUAUAUGCAGAAGAAUAAGAUGGCAUGAACCAGUAUGGAAAUCCCACUGGUGUACAUGUUCCCGAAUUCAAUCACCCGGGUCCUUGCAGGUAGUUGGAAUAGCAAACCCGGUGACAGUAAGAUGAACAUCGCUACUGCAACCACCACUGGUCCCCAAUCUGCCACCAUACUUAUUUCUAGUAUUGUGCCUCACCUCGUGCUCUCUCAAGGAAUUUAACUAGGCACUCAACUGUCUCAGCUUUUAAGUUUUCUCUGUGUUUCUCAGCUGUUGAAUUUAGUUGUGGAGUUUGCAAACUUGUAGCAGCAAAUAUAUGGCAAAUGUAAGUGAUUUUGCUUAGUGAAGAAGGAGAGGGGGAUAUACUAAACUUGAGACUGAAAAGCAGGCAGUUGUGUUUUAAAGAGGAAGAAAGGUAUGAAGUGGGGGGCUUUUUUGCUUUAUGGAAGUCGACAGAAAAUACCAACUUUGUGCUUAAGUUUCCGAUUAUUGAAGAACUCCCAAGCUUUUCUUUGGUUUUUGCUUUACAAAUUUAAUCAAAUAAAUUCAUCAAGGUGGGGAGUCUUUAAAAAAGAUUUGGAAAAAGAAAGGUGGUGAACGUGGAAAGAAGAGAAAAAGCCAAAACUUUGUGCGUUUACAUUAAUGCAAAAUGCUUUAAUUUGGCUUAUUUAUAUUUGAAGUAUGAUAUCUGAUUACAGUGGAUAGCUCAGCUACUAAUUGGUCAAACUUGGCAAUGUUUACGUUGUAUCAUGGUCCAUGACAACUGAAAAGAACUAGGAAGGGGUGCCCACUGUGGAUUUCCCUUUGUUUAAGCCGCGUUGAACAAAGAGCCCACGUUGAUACAUGAGUUUCAUGGUGACACUAAUACUUUUGCAUGAUAGGAACUAGGGGUGCACUUUAUAGUUUCUUACAUGUCAAGUUAAGCUCUCUGUAGUAGUAACAUAUAAAUUCUUUUAAAACGAGCAUCAUUUAUUUAAAAGAAUGAUAUGAUAACUCAAAAAAUAUAUAGUCGAGAACGCUAGUGUAAGUUUUGUUUUUAUACUUCUAGUAUAUAAUAAAAAUCCAUCUUCAAGAGUUCUAGAUUUUGCGCCCUUUCAGAUUUUAUAACAUUCCGUUUUGUAGUGCAAUCAGAUAAGAUAACGCAUUAUAAUAUUGGGUUGACUCUUCGUAGUGAAUGGGCUCUUAUCUUUUGCUUCUGCUAUGCCAUCUGCAGAUAGGCCCAUCUGUGUUUGGUUGGACUUCAGUGUAGCCAUAAGAGUCCAUCUGAAACUGAAAAGAUCAAAAUUUGUAAUUUACGUCCAAAGCCCAUAAAGGAGAGUGCCGUCCAGGAGAAGUGUUGAGAAGGUUCUCAAUUGUAGCGUGGCGGGCAAUCGUGGUAUUGCUGAUCGCUAUCAGCUGAUAAUACAAAUAAUUUAUUUGUCUGACGGUGCGAUGAUUAUGAUUUGUCUUGGCAGAGUAUGCAUUGUCUAGUUUCGCUUGGCCUUAAAUUUGCUGAAAUAAUAGAUGAGCCACACGGACACGCCACAGAUCUAGUCAUCAAAAAUAAAAAGGUUCAACUGUGCAAGUUCCAUGUCUAGCAACUCUUCCAAAAUUCUCUAAAGAUUCAUUGUUUUUUCCAUCUUCUUUUUUCCAAUUAUCUCCACAUCACCAGUUAAUCAGAGUAAUAGGGAUGGCUGAUUGGGGACCAGUUGUAAUAGCUGUUGUUCUGUUUGUGCUAUUGAGCCCUGGGCUACUGUUCCAACUACCAGGGAACAACCGAGCAAUUCAAUUUGCCAAUUUUCAGACAAGUGGACUCUCCAUUUUGAUACAUACAAUUCUCUUCUUUGGCCUUAUUACCAUCUUCCUUAUUGCCAUUGGUGUCCAUAUUUACACCGGCUAGCUACAAUUUUCUGCUCACUUAGGUUCUCUAGUUUACCUUCUUUCAAUUUAGCAUUUGUGAUUCAGUCUUUUCAAUUCUUUGUUUUCCUAUAUAUUGAUUAGCCUUGUUCUGGGUCUGUCUUCAGCUGGUACUUUACAUGUCGCCAGUUCUUCAUAUGCAAUUUUAAGUGUUCUGUUUUUCUCGGA